AUGCCGGGAGCCUUGUUUCGGAACGGCUCGAGAAAUAAUAUAUUCGGGAAUACGGAAAAGCGUUAUGUAGUGACCGAUGCAAAUGGCGGUAUUGUAUGGAAAGUAUAUAUACUCGAGGAUGCCACCGGCGAACCCUUAGAAGAUAAUUGUAAAAAUUUCGAGCGAGAGGCUUCGCAUCAUAAAAGACUAUCGAAAACCCCGCAUCCAAAUAUACGCACUAUACGACCUGAAGGGGUGAAGGAAUUUCGUUGGGAGGAAGAUGGAUGGAAGUAUGGUAUUCUGAUAUUUGACUACCUCCCGCAUGUACUUGAUGAAGUCAUCGCGAACGAAGCUCUAAAUUAUACGUCCGAUGACGUGAUCACGGCGGCUUUUCAACUUGCCGAAGGAAUUUAUCAUCUUCACUAUAAUAUGGGAAUCACUCACCGGGACAUUAAACCUGCUAAUGUCUUUCUCGACAACGACGGGAUUCUCAAACUUUCUGACUUUGAUAUAUCGCUAAAUGGUCUUUGCGGAUCCUUGCCGGAUGUUUGGGGAACUCCGCGCUACAUGUAUCCUGAGCAAAUCGUCAAAAAAGAGUACGAUUGCCGAGAUGAUCUUUGGUCGAUGGGAGUCGUGCUGCGUUGCUUCGCCGGUUUGGGGAAAGCAAAUUUAUCUGGAUUUUAUGAACAACGGCAAUUUGAGGUACCCCCUCUAUUAGGCGCGGAUCCGCUUGGUCAAGUUAUAGCCCGCUGUUGUCCUGUCCCAAUUGGUGAAGCUCAUCGAAUAACCGCCAGGGCGCUGGAAGAAAUGUCUUUGCACGAGAUUCCCGAGCACAAGCCAAAAUUCGAGAUUUUCCCGGUCGACCCGCCGGCUUUUCAGCCACCCAUUGGGCUAGAAGAAGUGCAGAUUGAGGAAACACCAAUUUAUGAAGCUUUUCGAAAUAACGGGAAACAACUGAUAAAUCAGGCACAGGAGGCCACAUUUCGAUCUUCCGCAGGAUUUGAAGUCACGCAUCCAGACAUGAGUACGGGCAGCGAAAGCUCCGGCUCGCGCUCCGCUAUUCAAAGUAAGAAGCUCGACGCAGAUCCAGAGCGCCCGGGCACCAGUCGAGAGACA